CUGAUGAUUUACCAAAACAUUCCAAAAUAUUAGGUCUUUUUUUAAUAAUAGACAAUUAUUUUCUUCUCGCGCGGUUGGUGCAUUAGCUUAGCCUUAAUAUUAUUUACCCGCCUGCAGCACCCUAAUAAGUUUUUUCCAGACAGUGACUAUGAUUACUUGUAAUCUCUGACGCUUAUGUGAUGAUGAUUGAACAAAUGUUAAAAAAGCCCCUUCAUAAUUCUUUCUCUUUCAAUUCUUUGGUCAAUCAAGCAAGACUCCGUCUUUCACGAUGCAGAGGUGGAACAGAAAGAAAACCCAGUUUCCUGUAUUGGUGUUCCUCUUGUUUUUGUUCAUAGUGUUCUCAAAUCUCCACAGUGAAAAUAGCAUUCUGCAAAUUCAAGAUGGCCAUGAUCGUGCUCCUCGCCAUCAAGAUUCAAUCACUUAUGUAAAGCCAAAUCUUUUCAGCCAUCAAAACCAGGGUCCAGAGGUUUUGGAUAGAUUCAGUACAUGCAACUCCACCAAAGAGUACAGUGGUCGGAAAAUUGCGUGGACUGACCGUAAGCCGAGGUACGGUCACCGGAGAGAGACUUUGGAGAGAUGUGACGUGUUCUCAGGCAAAUGGGUGUUUGAUAAUAGUUCCUAUCCGCUGUACAAGGAAUCGGACUGCCCAUACAUGUCUGACCAGUUGGCUUGUCACAAGCAUGGCAGGUCUGAUUUGGGCUACCAGUAUUGGAGGUGGCAACCCCACAACUGCAACUUGAAGAGAUGGAAUGCAACUGAAAUGUGGGAGAAGUUGAGAGACAAAAGACUAAUGUUUGUAGGGGAUUCAUUGAACAGAGGGCAAUGGAUAUCAAUGGUGUGUUUGUUACAAUCUGUGAUUCCCGCAGAUAAGAGAUCCAUGUCACCGAAUGCUGCUCUUACCAUUUUUAAAGCAGAGGAAUAUAAUGCCACUGUGGAAUUUCUCUGGGCACCGCUUCUUGUAGAAUCUAAUUCUGAUGACCCAGUGAAUCACAGAUUGGAUGAUCGGAUAAUCCGUCCAGAUUCUGUUCUUAAGCAUGCAUCGGAAUGGGAAAAUGCUGAUAUAUUGAUUUUCAAUUCCUACCUGUGGUGGCGACAAGGCCCAGUUAAGCUGUUAUGGAGCACUGAAGCUAACGGUGCUUGUGAAGAGUUAGACGGUCUUGGAGCCAUGGAGUUGGCCAUGGGUGCUUGGGCAGAUUGGGCUUCUAAGGUCAAUCCCCUCAAGAAGCGGGUCUUCUUUGUUACAAUGUCUCCUACACAUCUCUGGAGUCGAGAGUGGAAGCCAGAAAGUGAAGGUAAUUGUUAUAGCGAGACAUCCCCCAUGGAUUUUGAGGGCUACUGGGGAAGUGGUUCUGACCUGCCUACGAUGCACAUGGUGGAGAAAGUCCUCAGCAAGUUGAGUUCAGAGGUUUCCGUUCUCAAUAUUACUCAGUUAUCGGAGUACCGGAAAGAUGGUCACCCUUCCGUUUACCGCAAAUUCUGGGAGGCGCUGAAGCCUGAACAAUUGUUGAAUCCUGCGAGUUAUUCGGAUUGCAUACACUGGUGCUUGCCUGGUGUACCUGAUGUAUGGAACGAGUUUCUAUUCCAUUUCUUGUGAACAAAUGUACAAUUCUUUCAAGUCCUUCUUAGUGGUUUCGUACAGCAAUUUGCCUUGGUUCUCUCAA